AUGUCGGAGCGGCUGAGCGGCUUAUGGCAGACUACUUUAGCGCUAACCCCCGUUACCCAGCUGAGAUUUUCCGUCGGCGUUUCAGAAAUGUCGCGACCGCUCUUCACCCAUAUAGCGACGACAUUGGCGGACCGGUACGGUUGCUUCAACCUCCGGAGUGAUUGCACUGGCCGGAUCGGACUAUCUACUUUUCAGAAAUGCACCUCUGCAAUAAGGCAGCUUGCCUAUGCCGGACCGGCUGAUAUGUUCGACGAAUACCUACAGAUGGGUGAGACGACUAGUCUAGAGGUGCUCCGGCAAUUUUGUAAGGGCAUGCGGGAAGUCUUUGGUCCGGAGUUCCUACGAAAGCCAACCCCUGAUGAGUGCCAGAGACUGCUAGAUAUGCACGGUGCGGUGCACAGUUUCCCAGGGAUGUUGGGCAGCAUUGAUUGCAUGCAUUGGGAGUGGAAAAACGCCCGGUGGCGUGGAAAGGCCAGUUCACUACUGGUUUCAAAAGCAAACAUCCUUCGAUGA